AUAAUAGGGGGGAUGAUGGGCCCGACGAGACGGGAGUUUCAAGGUUUUAUAUAACUAUAUAAAGUUGCCAAGUUGGGGUUAUUAUCCAGUUUCCGAUUUUGCACCAAUUAUGAAUAAGUUGAUCAUCUGCCUCUUGAUCGUGGCUAUUGUGGCCACUUUGGCCCAAGCCGGCUAUAUUAGUUACGGUGGGGGCGGUUGGAGGUCCGGGGGCGGCUGGCGGUCCGGCGGAGGCGGCUGGAGGGGUGGUUACGGCGGCGGCCGCACCGUUCGCGUUAUAAGAGUUCACGGCGGAGGUGGAUAUGGUGGCGGCUACGGAGGCUGGAGAUCAGGUGGAGGUGGAUGGAGAUCAAGUGGAUGGUCCAGUGGGUGGUGGUAAAGUUCUGUCCGUUCAUCGAAUUUAUUUUAAAUUUUCGUGUUCACAAUGUUUGUGUAAAUAUUUCAUCAAUAAAUUUAUAUUUUUUCAAAA